AUGGACUACACGGUCACGCCCACCGACUCGCUGGAGCGGAUUGCGGCCGCACAUGACUGCACGGUGGGCGAACUGAUGAAGCUCAACCGGAUGGGCAGCAGAAUGGUGUUCCCGGGCCAGAAAAUCCUGGUGCCUUCCCCGAUGUCGGAUGACGUUUUCGACGCAUCUGCCGCGCUACUUCCAGCAGGAAUCAGUGGUGCUCAGGCGGCACCGGACGGCAUCCGGAAAGGGCCGGGCGGUGCUGUGCCAUCGAACUCCCGUGGAAAUCUGCUAAAAACCCAGAGCGCCCCCACGAAAAGUGAUACGGCUGAUGGCGACUCUGUGGACAGCGACUGCCUGCAGAGGUUUUUGAAAAUAAAGGUAAAACAACUCACCGAGUCCGACGGUACCGUAACUGGCACACUACUCGUCACCCCAAAUUGUCUGAUGUUCGAUCCCGACGUCUCGCACCCCCUGGUCAAGGAGAAUGGCCCCGAUUUGUACGGGAUGGUGGCGAACAUGGACGACAUCAUGGCAGUGUCCGUCUACAAGGACGUCGGCGCGUUAAUGGGCGACAAAUCGGGGAAGAAGAAGGAGAUAUUCCGACCACAACUGCAAGACGUAAACUCGCAAACCUCUGAAGACGCUUCACGGCCAGUAUUUUCCACAUCCUUUGACGGGUCCGAGCCGGAGAGCGCCGGCUACGAGUCGGCCGAUGACCAGCCUCCAAAAUCACCCCGGAUCAGCUCGGAAACGCAGUUACCGUCGAUCACCGAGGAAAAGGCGGGAAAAGACUCACCACAGCUCCGUUCCCCCAUAACCGACGAGGCGCCCCGGAAGCGCAGCAUCAGCGAUGGCGGCACCUCUCCGCAGCGAUUUUUUUCGCUCCGGCGAAAGGAUGAGGCCGGCAAAAUUGUGGACGACGACGGGAAACCGAGGGCUGAACUCCGUGCUGCGCAGAGUUUUGGUAGCAGAUAUUCUCCGGGGGCCGCGCGACGUUCGUUCGGCAAAUUGGGGCGAACGCUGAGCUGUCUCUCGCCAAUGUCCAUUUCCGCGAAAGCGAAGAGCGGCGUGCAGACGAUGGCCAAGGGAGCGGAGAGCGUGGCGCAUGGUGUCGUUACGCACACGAAAAGCGCAGCGGAUUCCCUCCAAACCGGAAUUCAAACCUCGGCAAAAGUGGUGGGGGACAGCGCGAAGGCGGCCGCCGAUCGUGUUGCACAACUGCCCGAAAACAUCGUCAACAAGGGCAGCGAGCUGAUAGCCGACGGCGUCAACGGGGUCAGCGGCUUCUUUGCCGUCGAGCAAGAACAACGGACCCCGCAGCAGCUGAAACGGGACCAAUCGCUCGCCACCCUCGAGGGACUACGCCAAAAAACGGCGGCCGCCCGGCAGGAGGCCGUCUCGAAGGGAAUCGACCAAACCGCAAAUUCGCGCUCCGAAUCGGAAACGGACACCUCAGCCGGCCAAUCCGAUGCCCCCUCCUCGCCGAUUAUGCCAUAUUUUAUGGCGGUCCGGCUGACCCGGAAAAAGAUGCGAAAGUCGAAAGCCACCCGGACAUCGUCGAUCAACAACGGCUCGUCCGUCUCCUCCUACGACGACGACUGUCUUUUUGGCAAUCGGCUGAAGCGCGAAUUCUGGUUCACAAUCCCUCGCAACAAGGCCGACUCGAUUUACGGCUUCCUGCUGCAGUGGUCCCCCGAAAAAUACGGACAGGACACUGAAGAAGCAGAAGACUCUUCCGCCGUCACGAUCCCUAAAAACCAUCCAAGCGCCGGCUUCAUCGUGCUGGACGCCGAGGCCGACGAGGCGCUGUCAGUAUUCACC